UUUACAUCCAGCAGUGCCUCUUGCUUUCUGCUUAGCGCUAGAGAUCCUCCAUCACUGUCACAAUGAGCUGUAGCGCAAGGCACACCGUCUUGACAGCUGGAAGAAGCAGCAGUGGCAGCUGCAACCUUGGUGGAGGAAGGGUGGGGGUCUCCUCGGUCUCCUCUGGACGGUACACUUCCUGCGGGCUAGGCAACGGGAGAGCCAAUUUCUCUGGCCGGAGCCAUGUCGGAGGAGGUUCCACUUGUGCCUACGGAGCGGGAAGAAGCCAGUUCUCAAGCGGAAGUUGCAGCGGGGCCUUUGUUGGUGGCGGACAUCUUGGGGGAAAUGGCGGUUUAGGCGCCGGAUCCCAUGCUGGGAGCGUUGCUGCUAGGAGUGGUGCGGUUGGUGGUGCUGGUGGUGGUCAUGCUGGUGUGGUAGGAGGCAUGGGUGGCGUGGUUGGAGGCCCCCACCCUGGUAUGGUUGGUGGCAUGGGUGGCGUGGUUGGAGGUGUUCCUGCUGGCAUGGUUGGUGGCAUGGGUGGCAUGGUUGGAGGUCCUCAUCCCGGUAUGGUUGGUGGCAUGGGUGGUGUAGUUGGAGGUGUUCCUGGUGGCAUGGUUGGUGGCAUGGGUGGUCCUGCAGUAGUCAGCGAACCUUUCUGCGGAGGCAUGUUCUCUAACCUUGAUGGGAAAAUGACCAUGCAGAACCUCAAUGACCGUCUGGCUAGUUACCUGGACAAAGUCCGGUGCUUGGAGGAGGAGAAUGCCGAGCUCGAGUGUCGGAUCCGGGAAUUUUAUGCUAAGCAAGGCCCACUCUGUGAACCGAAGGACUACAGCCAUUACCACCAGCAAAUUGAAGAUUAUAAGAACCAGCUCAUUUGUACAAGUGUGGAGAACAACAAACUCCUCCUGUGCAUUGAUAACAGCAAGCUGACUGCUGAUGACUUCAGAACCAAGUAUGAGACGGAAUGCUGCCUCCGUCAGAAUGUGGAGGCCGACAUCAAUGGCCUGCAUCAAAUCCUGGAUCAGUUGACUGCCUGCAGGUCUGACCUGGAAGUACAGUGUGAGAACCUGCAGGAUGAGUUGUGUUGCCUGAAGAAGAACCAUGAGGAGGAAGUCACCUGCCUGAAGAACCAGUCAACCGGCGAUGUCAAUGUGGAAGUCAAUGCUUGCCCUGGACCGGAUCUGAGGAAGAUCCUGGAAGAGAUGAGGUGCAAGUAUGAGGCAAUGAUAGAUGGCAACCGCAAGGAGGUCGAAGCAUGGUAUGGAUCCAAGAUCGAGGAGGUGAACCGAGAUGUCUGCACCAGCAGCCAGGAGAUCGAAGAAAGCAACAACAAGGUCACGGAACUAAGACGCCAACUGCAAGCCCUGGAGAUCGACUAUGAUGCCCAGUGCAGCCUGAGGGACACCCUGGAAGCCUCCCUUGCUGAAACAGAGCACCGCUACAACAACCACUUGGGUGAGCUCCAGGAGCGCAUCUCCUGCCUGGAGCAGCAGCUGGCAGAGCUGCGCUCGGAAAUGGAGUGCCAGAACCAUGAGUACACGGAGCUCCUCGAUGUCAAAAGCCGGCUGGAGCAGGAGAUCGCCACAUACCGCUGCUUGCUGGAGGGCGGGCAACAUGAUAUUGUGUGA